CAUUUUAGGACCCGCCCAGUACCUCUUUUCUCUCCUGGAGACUUUAAGUCCCGAGAGCUACGGGGCGGGAAGCUUCUGAAACCUCCGGCUUAGACUGAGGGGUGGGAAAGGGAAGCCCCUGCUGUGGACUCUUAGGUUGAGGUUUUGAUCGCAUUGGGCUCCUGAACGCACGAUUUGUAAGGGUGGGAGAGCGUAGGGUGCACCCUUAAUACCUUGGCGCUUUUGCCCAAGCUGUUAUUUCUAUCUGGAAAGUUCUUCCCCCUGCCGAACUCGUACUUAUACUGUUAAGCCUCCGGCACAUGUCUUCUUAGUGAAGCAUUUCCAACUCUCAGGCACUUGGCUGCUCUUUCCCGGGAGCUCCCACAGCUCUGCGCAGACCUCUUACCACGUUUCAUGGACUUCUUUGUUAUCUGCCACGCCUGCCAGUGACCUCCAUCUGACGUGUAUCUCGUUCUGGAAUGAUGUUUAUUCAUCUUUGUACUCCCAGUGCCAAACACGGAGCCUGCAAUGAGAGGCUCGGAGCUCGAGGCCAUGAGCAGGUAUACCAGCCCAGUGAACCCAGCUGUCUUCCCGCAUCUCACCGUGGUGCUGUUGGCCAUUGGCAUGUUUUUCACUGCCUGGUUCUUCGUUUACGAGGUAACCUCCACCAAGUACACGCGGGAUAUCUACAAAGAGCUCCUCAUCUCCUUGGUGGCCUCACUCUUCAUGGGCUUUGGGGUCCUCUUCCUGCUGCUCUGGGUUGGCAUCUACGUGUGACUCCCAAAGGUACCAACCAGGCGGCUUCACAGAAUCCCUGCUUCUGUAAAUUGGUUUUUUUUUUUUUUUUUUUAUUGUUGCUGGAGCUGUCCCACCUGCUGCUCACAAUAAAGGCACACGUGUGACA